AUGGCGGCCAUCGCUGCCAGCAUCUUCGUCAUCUCUAACGACCAGCUCGCCUCCCUCAAGCGCGUCUGCGGCGGCACAAGCACAUUCCGCGCCCUGAGCGCCCUCGUGUGGCAAUGCGCUUGCGCCGCUUGGCGUCUGCCGCCGGACGCCGAAGCGCGCAUAUCCUUCUCGGUGAACGCCCGCCGCCGCGGCAGCAUGAUCCCAGUCCGCUACAUGGGCAACGGCGCCCUCAUGGUCUAUGCGACGGGUGUGGCACGGGACAUUGCCUCUGGGGCGUUGGAACACGUUGCCGGCCGCAUCCGGACUGGUGCGGUCGGCGAUCGACUACCAUCAUGA